AUGGAGAAUGACCUAAUCCGGUCUGCUGCAGGCCUAGUGUCUCAGGUUCUGUCCACCAGUGUUUCCAUUGCGGAGAAUGACCUGAUCAAGUCUGCUGCAGGCCUAGUGUCUCAGGUUCUGUCCACCAGUGUUUCCAUUGUGGAGAAUGACCUGAUCCAGUCUGCUGCAGUCCUAGUAUCUCAGGUUCUGUCUACCAGUGUUUCCAUCGUGGAGAAUGACCGGUUCCAGUCUGCUACAAAUCUAGUGUCUCAGGAUGAGGACUCCACCCUGAGAGCCUCCAACCAACCUGAGGUCCAUGUGGCUGAUGUGUCAACCAAGGGAAGUAGACUUACCAUCACUAUUUCUAUGGGUUCAACCAAGAGUAGCCAUGUUGCUUUACGUGAAGUUGAUGCUAGUGCUACCAGCCUGGAGCAGUCUGCUGAGAAAAUGUCUACCUCUACUACUGAUGUCAACGACAUCUCAUCAACUGCUGCUGCCAAGAAGAAGAAGAGGUGUGGAUUAUUCUCAUCUCUCUGGAGAGCUCUCAGGGGGAAGAACAAGAAGCCUGCUAAAGUGGCUUCCAAGAAAGAGGAUGAAAUCAACAAGGAUGAGAGCCGCCUUACCUGCCACCACAACACUAUACAGGGAGAUCACUGA